CCUUCUCACCGGAGCGUGUCUCUCUCAGGGCGGCGGGGCAGGAGGAAGCAGCUCGAGGCUAUUCCUGGAGUGUGUGAUCACAAUGGCUCAGCGGCCGGGGCGCGGUAUGUCCGCUAUUUGGAGCGUACCACUGUGUGCAUCAGGUUUACUGGGUUCGAUCCUCUGAACAUCCGCGUAACGGUCUCUGAGCCUCAUGUGGUCUCACGGUGCGGCUGUGUGCAGACCUGGUUCUGGUUCAACAGGAAGAGAACCAGGAAGGAUUUCAAGAAGUUUCAGUACUCGGUGUAAACGGAGCUUUCUACAGUAGUUCUCAGGUCAUGUGACGAGCAGCCAACACAGGAUCCCACGCUCAGUUUUCAAUCCUCAUCUUUGACCCCCGCUGGACGACAGAAGCCUCUUUGAACUCUGAACAUAUCCCAACAUGCCUCUGAUCGUGUUUCCCACCUCCCAGCUGCUGUGGGUGCGCGUGGCCGCCCUGUUAUUCACCUGCGUGGCUUUCAGUGCCGCGGCGCACGCCGGCUCGCUGCCGCACGGAGGCAUGGCUGACUGGUGCAUCUUCUGCUGGGCGUUCAGCUUCUCGUGCACCCUGCUGGUGCUGCUGGUGCACCAGUUUGGCCUCCAGUCGAGAAUCCCAGUCUCCUGGUCCAACUUCCCCAUCACUAUAGCCUGCUACGCCGCCCUCCUUUGCCUCUCAGCCUCUGUCAUCUUCCCACUCUUCUUCCUCAGGGACCAGCCGGGGCGCAGCGAGGCCCGUGACCAUCGCAUCGUGUCCACCGUCUUCUCCUGCCUGGCAGCGGUGGCCUACAUGGGGGAGGUGAGCUUAACUAAAGCGAGGCCGGGGGAGACGGCGGGUUACAUGGCCACGGCUCCGGGCUUGCUGAAGGUGUUCCAGACCUUCGUGGCCUGUAUUAUCUUCAUUCUCGUCAGCGACCCCGUGUCCUAUGACCAGCAUCCGGCUCUCAAGUGGUGCAUGGCCGUGUACUGCAUCUGCUUCAUCCUCUCCAUGGCUGUGGUGGUGCUGUGCGUGGGCGAGUGCACCGGCUGUCUCCCCAUCCCCUUCUCCAAGUUCCUGUCGGCGUACGGGCUCCUGGCGGUUGUCAUGUACUUGACGGCCACCAUCAUCUGGCCCGUGUUCCAGUUCGACAAACGCUACCAGGUCAGGAGCAGCGCCUCCUCAAAGCUGAUCGCCUCGUCUGUGCUCACGGGCCUCAACUUCCUGCUUUACCUCGCUGACCUGGCCUACACCGCCAGACUAGUGUUUGUGAGCGCCUGAGAGGAAGACGUUAAGGACACACACACACACACACACACACACACACACACACACACACACACACACACACACACACACACACACACACACACUUACUGAUAACUGAUGUGGACUCAUACUAUUUUCUGCCUUAUUCUGCUGAGACGAGGAAAUCCCAAUAACUCAAAAGCUCACUUACAAAAUGUGUGAAUGUACGUGUGCACAGUGCAUGUUUGCGUAUUUCCAGAUAUCUGCAAAGAUGAUAUUUAACCUCUAAUGUGACUCUUGCUCAGUGUGCAACACAAGUAUAAGAUGACAGAUCUGAGAUCAGAUCUGCUGUAUUUUAUAUGAUGUGUGACACGGGAGGAUGAAGUCAGAAACACUGGAGAACACAGAAGAACAAAAGAACACUGUCAAAUAUUUGCAUUGACAGAAAUGCCCUCAGGCACUGUUUGCUUUCUGAAGUGGAAGCCUCUUGUGCCAAACCCCCCCGAGCUGAAUAUCCUUUUUCUGAUCUUCUGUUCAUGACAGUAAAAUGUUUCAGUAUUAAACUGUGUGAAAGUUUGUGAUUUGAUUAAAGAAUUUAGUUAAACAGAUAAA